CUAACCACCCAAUGGAUCCAGUCCUGUUGAUCGUAAACAGAAGGGGGACUCGGUGGACAAUCAGAAUUGCAACUAUUUUUGCACAUAUUAGCUGGUUCUAUAUGGGUGUACGUAAAGAGUUAAAAUGACGCAGAAAACAACCAUUCCCAUUAUUUUAGUCUUCCUGUUUGUUACGCCCUUGUUUCUUACGUUUGUCAGUUCCCAGGACCCAAAUCUGUACUAUUUCUGUACCGAUGUGACCGGAACAAACGACUGGUUGUUGGAUGUGUACGUUAGGAAAAACGCAGGCGAUAUGAACCAGAUGUUUGGUGUGGACUUGUCCUCUGGGGCUUCCAUGAAACUAGCCUGUGAUGCCACACCCUUCAUACCUUUCCCACCUAUUAACCCCACACAGGAGGUUACUGGGGACGGGACUGAUGCCGAUCCAUUCACCAUAAGAAUUACCACGAACAAACUCACCAGAGUGCCCUCCCCUGCAUGUGGAUCUGAGGUGUCCAAUCCUGCUACUGUGCGGGUAAAUUUCCAGCCUGUCUCCGCUUCUUCGCCGGUGAGCUGGGAAGUUCAGCAUGCGCUCACCUGUGACUAUUCCAACACUGCUACCACCCAAACGGACACAGUGUUCGCCGUGGCUACUAUCACAGGGGAGACUGUGACCGUGAUUGAUUUAGGAGACCCACUUGUCCUGCAAGUCCUUAACCCCAGAGGUCAGGUGGUGACCGAGGUCACCACAAAUGAAAUCUUUCUAAAGGCAGAGUUCUUCUCUGGGCCAGAUGUCUACACACCUUUGGCCAACGUGACGGGAAUCUCGCCACACAGCUGUAAGAUCUGCGAUACCAAAGACUGUUCCGGUGGUCUGGUGUCUGAUAUAACCGAUGCUAAUGGGUGCCCUGUUGGUAACUAUUUUAUGUCCAGCGCAUUCACGGGGGAUGGAGUCGUACUCAAGUCCUCCUUGCUAACCCUGACUUCCGUCUCCAGCUACAGUUAUAUUUACUUCAACUGUGCCCAAGAUUACUGCACGGAGGACACAGGGCUGAAGAAAUGUAAAGAUCGGUGUUCUAAUUUAAACGGCCGGAAGAGACGUGAGUUAAACACAGGGGGCGACCCUUAUGGAGCACAGUCCCUGUACUGGAGUCAGCGGGUUCUGUACAAUGCUACAGAUCCUGUGCACGAUUGUCCCAGUCACACAACGCUUACUAUCCUAGUAGCAGUGUUAUCCACCAUAUUCAUUUCCGCAGCGUAUCAAGGUUACUCCAUCAAAAACAAGUCCCUAAAGGUUUGCGAUGAGUGUAAUUCUCUUGUCAGUAAAUAUGGACUGAGCGUCCAGGAUCUCUGUCCCUCGGCUUCAUGA